AGACGGAGCGGAGGCGCCAUUUUGCGCUGCUGCGGGAGGCGGUUUGGGAGGCUCUGGAGGGGGGAGGUGGUAGCGAUAUCGGUAGCGAUAAUAAUAACAGCAACAGUAACAGUGGUAGCGGUCGCGGGUACAGCUGCUGCUCGGGACUAGCGUCCCCGUUCGCCCAGCCCCGUGGCCAGGACUCUGCCGACAUGAGCGACGUGGAGGAGAACAACUUCGAGGGGAGGGAAGAGAAAAGAUAGAAAGGAUGAAAAAUGCUCUACAGUGCUCUUAAAAUGCUUUUAGCUGUACAUCUUAUCCAGAGAAUCAGUAACAGAAGCUACAGUGAUUUCUUUUUUUUGGCUCCAAGUCCACAUCUUGGUGAAUUAUAAAUCCCAUCUCCCAAUGUGUGCAUGAGGAAGCCGCCACAUUGUAUUCAAAGGAAGCAUGCUGUUAUGGUUAACAAUUUUUUUUUAGGUUAAUGUUCGUGAAGAAAUUGAAGAGUUUUUUCCAAGAAUGUGGAAGAUAAAUCAAGAUAAAAGAAGGCUAAUGAAAAGUAUUAAAGAUCAGAAAAUUAAAAUUGAAUGGGGGAAAAAAUUGAACAGAAGAUUGGUCAGAUAGAAGCACUUGAAUGUUUUUUUAAGGCUAUAAUGAAUUGUUUGAAUUGGGGAAGAAUACACGAAGUAUGAAAAAUGAAAAACUCAAUGAAGAAUGAAGAAAAGUAGAAAGCAAGAGUGAAGUAGAAUUAAAAGAAUCUGGAAGAAUGAAUGGGUCCUAGGUUAAGUAAAUGAGUCUCGCUCCCAGUCAAAAUCUCCAGCUGGGAGUCCUGCUCGUGUAAAAUCGGAGAGCAGGUCAGGAUCUCGGAGUCCAUCGAGAGCUUCCAAACAUUCUGAAUCGCACUCUAGGUCAAGAUCAAAAUCAAGAUCCAGGUCCAGAAGACAUUCGCACAGACGUUACACUCGUUCCAGAUCCCAUUCCCAUUCUCAUUCCCAUAGGAGACGUUCUCGAAGCAGAUCAUACACGCCAGAAUACCGUCGUCGAAGGAGCCGUAGUCAUUCUCCAAUGUCCAACAGGAGAAGGCACACUGGCAGCAGAGCUAAUCCAGACCCUAAUACGUGUCUUGGAGUGUUUGGUCUCAGUUUGUAUACUACUGAGAGAGAUCUGCGUGAAGUCUUUUCCCGUUACGGACCUUUGACUGGUGUCAAUGUUGUUUAUGAUCAACGGACUGGACGAUCAAGAGGAUUUGCUUUCGUUUAUUUUGAGAGAAUUGAUGAUUCUAAAGAAGCAAUGGAGCAUGCAAACGGCAUGGAGCUGGAUGGCAGGAGGAUUCGGGUGGAUUACUCGAUCACCAAGAGAGCACAUACGCCUACCCCAGGCAUCUAUAUGGGCAGGCCAACACACAGUGGAGGAGGUGGUGGUGGUGGAGCAGGUCGUCGUCGUGACUCAUAUUAUGACAGGGGGUAUGACAGAGGAUAUGACAGAUAUGAAGAAUAUGACUACAGAUACCGGAGACGAUCACCAUCGCCUUACUAUAGUCGAUACCGAUCCCGAUCAAGAUCCCGUUCCUAUAGUCCGAGGCGCUACUGAAGAUUGGAAGAGUUACAGUUGAGGACAUGAUUUUUAAAUACAAAGUUCACAUCUUGGCUUUCCUCCUGUUUUCCCUCCCAUCCUUCCCUUCCUUGUCCUCCAUCCAACUCUUUUACAAGUCUUUGGUUUGUUUAGAAUAUACAUAUUUUUGGUUGAAGUAUACAUGUUUUCCAUCCUGUUGUAAUACUCUUAAAUAUUGUAAUUGUUGUAGUUUUUUGUGUAGUAAAACAUCUUAAGCAAAAUGAGAUAGAGAACCCAAAGUGCUGAUACAUUUUGGAAGUCGUUCCUAUUUUGUUUUAAAAACAAUUGGACUCCUGACUAAUCAGAAGAGAGCAUUGAUAUUUUUAAAGCUUGCAUGUCAUAUGUAAUAUACACACUCAGAUACUUUAAUAAAAACCUGCAUUUCCAAGUAACCUGUUAAUCUUUCUGUUAAAAUGUUUACCUAUUACUUUGAUAAACAAGUAAUGACUUUUGAGCCUUUUCUGUAAUGACGAACUUACUUAGUCAUGAACCAGAGGAUCAUUUUUUAAUGUUGUUUUUUUUCUUUGAGUGUAGACUGUUUGAGUUAAAGUAAAAUUUGGUCUUUGAUUGCGAAAAUGGAUCCUUGUAUACUCAAAAUUAAGACUUUGUUUUACAGAUAAAGUUUCUGUAUUGCUACACAGUGGUUAACAUUUGAAGUUAAAACUGUAAAAAUCCUGGGGUUCUUACUGUACUUGGUUGAAUAUUUCCUCUUAAUUGGCACAGGAGAACAAAAAGAUAUUUAUUGAACGUAGCAAUUAGUUACAUAUUUUGCUGUUCAUUUAAAAAAUAACUUUUUUUUUGUAUUGCAAUAACAAUUCAGUUUUGUUUAUAGUCUUUUCUGGAGUUUUGAAAGUAUGGAUGGAAAAACCUACAACUACAUGUAGACCCCUUUUCCCCUCAAUAAAAGUUAAUUCCAUUGA